AAUUUUCUUAUGUUACGUACAUAUGUUUAUAUGUUUUUUAUGUUACACAUUAAAGAUUUCGAAACACUGAUUACUUAUGCGUCUCAUGAACGCGGAGAAAUCGUACAUAAUUGAUGACAACUCUCUUGAUGGACUGCAUAAUUCCUUUUUAGUGAAAGUAGAAAAUGUGCGUAUAUAGAAAAAUUGAAUAUGAUAUGAAUUUGAGCGAAAAAGUGUUCGUAUUUUUAUAGAAUUGAUAAAUCGAUCAAUUCAUCUUAAUUCUGCGAGGAAAAGAAUGAAACUGUAGUGAUCCGUAAUACCUCUGAAGAUGUUCAAAGAAAACGAUAGCAAUUCAGGAGGCUGCAGCGGUGCAGCUCCUCGACCACGAAGAAUAUUACCAAGAUUUUCUUUACGCCGAUUAUUAUAUUCGAGCCCGCUUAUCGGUCGCCGAAUCGUAAGGACCCCUAGUUCCAGCAAUAGGAAUGCAAAAACAAAAGAACCAGCUGGCGGCCGGAAUACGGAUGUUGAAAAAGGUGAAGCCAGAGUAAGUAAUGGUUCGAGCCAUUUUCAAUUUCAGAACAUAGAUCUACAACGUGCUUCCAGCAAAGGCUCUGUACUUUCUUCUGCCGGAAAGAGCAAUGAGAAUGGUUUAAUGGAGUGCCCUUUAUGUCUGGCCGAAUUACCAGUGGAAUUCUUUCCUGUGGUUCAAUCUUGCCAUCACCGCAGUUGUUAUGAUUGCUUUCAACAAUAUCUUAAAGUUGAAAUUUCUGAAUCUAGAGUUAAUAUAGCUUGUCCUGAAUGCUCAGAGCCGUUGCAUCCAAAUGACAUUCGAAUGAUUUUAAACGACCAAACGCAAUUGGAAAAGUAUGAAGAUUUUAUGGUACGAAGGGUUCUCGCUGUAGAACCUGAUGCCAGAUGGUGUCCUGCACCGGAUUGUAGUUUUGCAGUUAUCGCUAGCGGUUGCGCUUCGUGUCCAAAAUUACGUUGCGAGCGGCCAGGAUGUGAUUUUUAUUUUUGUUAUCAUUGUAAAGCACGAUGGCAUCCGAAUCAAACGUGUGAUGCUGCUAGAGCACAACGUACUCAGUACUAUGAACGUAGUUCUUCUCUCAGUUUUAGUCAAAGUGAUUCACAACACAGAGAUGACAUCAAACCAUGUCCAAGCUGUCAGGUUCUUAUAGUUAAAAUGGACGAUGGUAGUUGCAAUCAUAUGAAUUGUUCUGUUUGUGGUGCUGAAUUUUGCUGGUUGUGCAUGAAAGAAAUCACUGAUCUUCACUAUUUAAGCCCUUCUGGUUGCACGUUUUGGGGUAAAAAGCCGUGGUCUAGGAAAAAGAAGAUACUUUGGCAGCUUGGAACUCUAGUUGGAGCUCCUGUUGGAAUUGGUCUUGCUGCUGGUAUAGCUGUACCUGCUAUGAUUAUAGGCAUACCAGUGUGGGUAGGAAAAGAAUUAUAUACAAGGUAUGAAAAAGCCAACAAGCACAAGAGGAAUGCCUUCGUUGUAGGGGGAGUAACUGCAUCCAUUCUGGUAUCGCCGAUAUUAGCUGGAUUAGCCGUGGGUAUCGGUGUACCCAUCCUAUUGUUUUACGUGUACGGGGUGGUCCCCGUUUCCCUUUGUCGAAACGGAGGUUGCGGUGUUUCCACAAACGGCACCGAGGUGCGAGUUGAUUUCGACGACGAGAACGAAUUAAUGGGCUCAUUGGGGGCGCGCAUCGGCGGAGACGCAGCAUCGAUAGACGUUGCGAGCCACCGUGGUGGUAAUCCUUCGAUAGGAGAGGCUUCGCUUUCGUUGGGUAGCGGAAGUCAGUUGGAAAAAUUGGGUGGGGAGAAUGAUCGCGAGAGCGCUAGUAAUGUAGCCCUUGCUGGUACCAGUAUCGCGGGAAGUAUUGUCCUUCCGGGAGGUCGGAGGCUGGAAGUGCAAGCGGAUGUGACGUCCACCCAACGAUUCAGCUUGUGCAGCGAAACUGCAUCUGCUGCGACCAGUUUAUCAGAAAAGUCUGUAAACGCGUCUAUUGCUUUGGACGAUGGCGCAGCUUCGACGAGAGCUUUGGCAGGCUCUGUUCUUAAUUUCAAGAUGGACGGUAGUUCGAUCAGUGGCGGAAGAAGUACAGAAGGGGAACAGGGUACAAGCUCUGUUGCCGGUGGUGGUCACAUGGACUCGGCGGGACAAGCUACGUCUUUGAGCUCGCUCGAAGAGGUGGCGCCUGGUUUAGCAAAACGAGCUCGACGCAAGCCGACGUUAGACCGUCAAUGCAGCGAUUCAAGUAAUUGGACUGUCUGUGGUGAAGACGGAGGUUCUGAACGCGUAAGAUUCGAUGAUCAUGUUAGUUUCAUCGAAGCUGAUCAGGAGGGGGUUGUCAACACGUGUGGGACGAAUAAUCGGAGUACCGGAAGACGUAAGCGCAACAAGGAAACGGAACAAGAAAUGGAAGUUCCAAAGGCUCCGAAAAAUCCUAACGGUGAGUUGAAGGUUGACUCAUCAACGGACGAUAACGUGUCACGGGAACGGGUAAACGUUGCCACUUUGAGAAACGUUUUUUUCCAUAGUUCUACGGUAUCUACCGAUCGCGAAAAGCGAUUAUCGGUAAUAGAAGAACCGUUUCCCGCCGGGACACAGAGUAAUAACGCUCGUUUCUUAACUCCUUCUAAUGACGGAUGCAGCACUAUUAAUGCAGAUGAAGAUCCAAGCUCUUAAAAAAAUAAAGAAAGACUGAGUAUUUAUGUAAUAAUAUACAUGCGUCCUUUAAAUACGAGACAUGUAAAUGCGUAUUUACAUAUGUGUGUAUAUAUGUAUUUAAGUGUACACCGCGUGCGUGCAAAACGCUGAACUUACUGGUAUUUAUAUGCACCAUGUAUAAACAUACUAUGAGGGUAAUAGAGAUACUUUGCAAAGCGAAGUACGUUAAAGUAAAUAGUAUGUAUAUUCAUAUUCCAGGCGCGUGUGUAUAAAUAUGUAAUGUUCAUACGUGUAUAUAUUUAUAUACAUAUACUUAAGGGCCUCAAAUUUGCUAUAAAACAAAAAGUCGCAAUCAGUUGAAUGCGAACAAUUUUAAUUUCGUGCCAAUGGUUUCGUUGAGCAAUGAUGUACAUUGUUAUACGCAAGAGUUACGUUCUCGUAUUAUAAAACGCAAUGUUUAUAAAUGUAAAGUAUUGACUUUAUUUAGAGUUUUUCAAUUUAACGAAUAGGCCAAGUUUCACGGAAAGCUGACAUUUUCACGCCAUAAAAAGAUAGGGUAAUUAUGAAAAACAUUUAAAAGAAUUAUACAUAACUUCAUAAACGCUUUAUAAGGUUGCAUUUUAGAUCAAAUAACUAUUAUCAUUUUCUAUGCAUGAUACACUUGUCAAUUCGUCAAUCAUAUUUCCAAAUGUAUGUACAAGCAUCAUAAGAAUCUUUGUAAAUGAACAUGUUUUUUAAGUGUUGUCCCUCAAUGUACGGAGAUACAUAUACGUAGUACGAUACACGUCGCUAAAGGCAACGAACAUGCCUUGAUACUGAAUGUUAAAAUGUUUUAGAAGAAUUUAACGUUAUUAUAAAAGAAGGUACGAUAGUUCACUACCUUUUAAUAAUAUAUUUAUUUAUUCUUAUUCCCAGUGAUUUAUAUAAAAUAAUUUCAGGUGCUUCGUUAUGCAUGUUGAAAGCUUUCAUUUAUUUUUCUUGCCCGUAUAUUCACUUUUACUACGUAAUCUUACGCAUGAUUCACUAACGGUCACAAUGAAACUUGCUAUAAUUAAAAGGUGUUAACAAUUUUAUGUUUCACGACGUUUCUGGUUAAGUUCAUAAAAACUUACAUCCAUGUACAUAUUUUGUAAAAUUAUGAUCUUAACAUAUAUAUGUUUAAUUCUUUGUAAGUAAUAACUUCGCUAUAUACUUCGAGAAGCUGAUGUCAUACGUCCGAAUGAGAAAAACUUUAUUGAAAAGCUUAUAUGUGUAAAAACAAAAAAAGAAAGAAAGGAACUUUAUAUUAUAAACAAUAAUAAAUGUUCUAGCUAAGUAAGGCAUAUUCUGAAAAUGUGCCUAGGAUAAUUAGUACGUGGUACAAGGUUUAAAAAAUGCAAAUUUAACAUAGUCAGAUUUUUAAGGAUAGGCAAUUUUUACCAAUAUUUUUAUGUAUUUUGACUAAUCAUUUAAAUAUAUAAAUUUUAAAAA